CUGUUGCAGAAAGGAAAGACUCGCUUUCAUAAUCGGUCACGAUCCAUCCCUCCAUGCUCUGCUCUUUCAGCAUACGCUCGCGAUACAAAAAAGACGUCGAAAGACUUGCAAUCGUAAGUAAUUGUAAUCUAGUGGGAUUUGUCCGUGACGAGAACAAGUCAUCGGUUCUUGGUUAUCGGUCGCCUGUUUGAGUACAUAAGGUCUCGGUCAGAGCAGGAUGGCGCAAUGCCCUUCCUGAAUCGGUUGCUAGGAUAUGCGACCGACUACAUAAAGAACCGCUACGGCCAUGAAAGGUGUCCCCUUUACCUCUGCAACUCCCUCUCUGAACCUUCUAUAUGACUGUUCGAAAUUGUUCAGUGAUUUGACUUCAUAGUAGUCCUCGUCCAUCAAGUUUCAACCCAUCCUCUGUCAGCGUCCAUAUGUAUCUGAGGACUGUAGUUCAGAGACAAAGAUUUCCACUCUUUUAUAUAUAUUCAUUGCAGGUUUAUUGACCUUAUAUACAUUUCCUGCUCCCGCAGCUGGAUCUUCUUAUGGGAUUCAAUUCUUGCCGAGUAUCAUUCGUGAAUGAAAAAUAUCUCCAAAUACAUAGGUGGGGUUUAUAUGCUUCCGGGUUCUCGUUGGAAGUUUUUUCUUUGUACUAUUUUGGUGGCAUCACCAUAUUUACGACAGCCAUCCACCACUCUUGUAGUAAAGUGUUAAACUACUUCAAAGAACAGUUUCUUUUAUUUAUUAAGAAGGUAUUAACGUGAGGUGGACAACAGAGGUUUCGUUUUAGGUGUGACACGGCGAGCUGUAGUAGGUAACGGUUUAUGAAGAAGCGAAAGCUAGGAGUACCUACAAGAGAAGUUGGAGCUCAUCAGUAUACGAAGAUAGAUCUCUCUCAGAGAUUCUAGUUUGCUAUUGGUCUAGUACGUAGCAUCAUCGUUUCUGAAGAGUAAACAAGAAGCUGAUGAUACAUUCCUCGUGUGCUAAACCGCAGCCUUUGUGGAUAUUCAUAGCACAUUUACAUAGUAUGAUUAUGUAUGGGACGAGAGCGGUGUAGUAAGACCAAGACGUAGAUUCUUUUCGACGACGACGACCACCUUGUGGCUUCCGUUACUACAAAAACGAUAUAAAGUCAAUUAUUCUGUACUUAGAAAUCAAUGAACUCCUGCACAAUCAAAUUUAUAUUUUCGAUUAUUACAACAAACACAACUUGAACUAGAAGCCGCGGCUCACGAGGUUCACGACGGUCCUAAAGAGAGACCUCUCCCUCGUCUCGUGGUCUGGAACAGCACCCGUCGGGGACAAGAAGUCUUUUAACCCGAAAUCGAGGACAGACAAGAUGAUGCGGGUGCCGUGCCUUACGCAGCGACGAAGCAGCAGUACUAGAUUGUCUUUUAUUUGUUGCAGACAAGGGUACUUUAUAGGAAAACAUCAAUCUAGUUUAUUGCAAACCUGGCUACUUUACAGGCUUUUUUAUGAAACGAAAACAUAUGAGAAGUAAAUACUUCACCUCCUCCCAUAACAUCAGGAAGUGAUAUGUUUUUUAUCCCUUAGGAUACGAAAGAGAUGGGCUGCAAAUCUUGAUUGGCUUUCGCCUUUUUUUAAAAGGGUAAAGGUUUAGGUCCAGCGAUGCUUAAAGCACAUACUUAAGUAAAGCAACCGGCUCGUUUUCUCUCUGAGUCUUAGGCUUAUACCUUCAUGCAAAAUAUUUAUUGCAGACAAGAACUCGUUCCCUCAAUUUGAAAUUGCCCCUUAAAUUCAUUGCUUAGGAAAACUGAUCGUCUAUGAUUUCACGCUUCUAAAUAUUUCAAUAUUGCUACUAGUUGUAUUCCUUUGUAGUUUCUUUUGCAACGUUUUGUGUCUCGUCCCGGAACUACAAGGAAGUACCUGCUUCCAAUACAUGCCAUUCAUUUAUUGAUGGGUAAUUCGAUCCUCACUUUGUUGUCUAGGUUCUUCGAACAAGGGACAGAACAACAAGGAUGCUAGUCGGCCCGUUCACCUGGAUGGGGCACACAAUAAUACUCGCGGACACCACCGUGAUCCACGAGACUACUAUGUUGCGGGCAGUCAUGUAGACGAAACAUACAAUGCCGUGCAAGCGGUUCACCAGCAUCAAGUUGCAGAGCGCAGACCUUCACAAAAAGAGUAAUUUUUUAUACUUUACUUUCCAGUCCAAAUUUUUCGCUUUCGGGUGUUUUAUCGCUUAGCUCACUGAGUCUUAAUCUUCAGUCGUAAUAAUUUCCAUCAGAAAUAUUUUAUACUCCACGAUCAUCUUCCUUUUCAGCUACUAUUUGCCGCAUCCGCAGUAUGGCAAGCAAUCUGGGUGUGGCUAUGAGGCCCACAGACAGCCUAGUCAUGAUAUCUCAACGACAACGCACAGUGAUUCUUCUUCAGCCGAGGAAACCGACGAGCAUCAUCUGGUAAUAUCCAUAUUACGAUUUGCCAUCCGUAUUUGAGUAAAAUUCUUGUCAACAAUCUAAGAAACUAAGAGAGACAAUUUUUCUAGUUCUUCAAUCAAGAAAUGCUAUAUGGGACAGACCACCAGGUAACAACGAAAAUUAUGCCGGAUCCUGUGCCUACCUUGGCGCCAAAAAGCAAAAAGAUGGCGCUUGGGUCGAUAACAUUUAGUGCCGAGCAGGGAAUUCCGCUAGGCGUAAUGCGGAAAGACAACUCUUUCUUUUUGCGGGUGGAAAAAUGUAUCUAUACUUCAUCUUCAAUCUUCCACGACUGCUUGAUUUCCGAUCCACUUCAUUUGUAGUUGUUGACCUUUUACUAGUAAACAAAAAAGAGAUACCUAGCGACUUCUUACAGCUUUUGUACAUUUCUCGCCAUAAAAACGCGUCAGGUGAUCCGGUGUUUGCUUCAUACCUGAAUUACGAAAUUGAGAAAAUGCAUCAGUUUAAGUGCCCUCCGGAUGCCGAAGACAAAGCCGAGUAUUGGCCGGAGAAUGCACUUCAUAACUACUGUAUCAACUUUUAAUUCUAAAGGUUUUUGAAAGCUGCUUCUCUCCUUAUUGUUACUUCCUUUGACUGAGAAGCACUUGUAUAUCUUACUUAGUAAGUUCUGGCAAUGACCACAUGACAAUGACUUGAUAUUUAUGAAGAAUGGCACUUUAUUUAUAUUUCAUGGAAUCAUACUCGGCGCUCUCUACCCUGGAGCUUUCUCACUGACUCACUGGAAAUUAAGUUCUGCAGUCGCAUCUUCAAAAUAAUGUCGACAGGCCAACGACCGAACCCAGCGUUGAAAGCAGAAAUGGACCGUGUCUACAGAUUCUGGCACGAUCAGCGCUCUCAGAUCGGUCAGUUGCACGACCGCUUGGCGGAUUUGAAACAACGCAGGGCGGCGCGCUACGGCAAAGAUUAGUGGCUUACCGCUCGGGAAUUCUAGGCAAUUGGCUUAGAGUAAGCUAGAUAGUAGAUAUGAGAAUGUGUCUGACGUUUCAACAGCAACAUGAAUGGUUGUAUUGUCGGAGUAAUGGAGUACGCUUAGACGUUAUACCUGUAUGUCGCUGUUGAAACUUCUGACCACAUUAGCUUGGCACUAUGAGCACAAACUGGAAAAGCAUGUAUACUUUGGAAAUUUUGGAAGAGCAAUUCUGAAUUUUUCAUCGAUUAUCUCGACUUUCUGUAUUUACUUUUUCGUAUAAUUUCAGGUAUGAUUAUCAUCGUCAAUAUGGCAUGCACAGAAUUACAUAUACCGAGCCGCCUGUAACAUUUUUGAUGACGAGCAGCAAGAGGAUCUAAUCUUCAAAGUUUUAAGCACCUAUUACUUAGUACCAAUCUAACUGUCAUAGAAAUUGUAACUAAUCAAUGUAAAUGUUAUCGGCACUAGCGUUUCGUCUUCAACAAGAAAGAACUCUGUCCUCUCUGUCUCGAGUACAUACUUUGGUUGGCUGAGGUCCUGCGUUGCAGGUUUCAGCAAAGACUCUCCCAGCGCUGUUGUCUGGCCUAGAGAGUCGUGCACAGUAAUUCAAACUUGUUGUAUCCCUCUGUUGCGUCAAAAGGACUCUGUCUUGGCAUAGUUCGUGAAACACAUAUUCGUAUUGCCAGCUAUCAAAUCAUACAAACAUAUCAUCCACAUAUAAUUUGAAAAAAUUGUAAAAAUUAGAAACUACAUAGAAUUAAUCAUUACCAAUCUGGCAUAGAAAACAAAAUAGCACUCACUCCUCCAUAAUUUCCAAAUGUAAGUAUUUCAAAAUCAAAAUCCAUAUUCUUUCACCACACCUGAUUCAAAUUCCAUCUACUGAUUUAUGAAACACAUCUCAAAGCUUAAUCUAUUGCAAGUAGUCGCACAUUUGUGCAAAACACUCCGUAGUAAUUUAGUGAAUAUUAUAUAUCAACCAUAAUUAGUAAUUCGAAGAAAGUAAAAUUGCAAUGCAAAAAGUGAAAAAAAUCAAUCGCGAUACACUGUAUAUAAAUGCAUGAGUCGGUCUGUAGUAUUGUGGCUUGGGAGCUACUAGAUACGAAAAUACUUCAAUCUUGUAUGAUUAAAUGUUUGGAAAGCAGUUAGAGUUCGAUAGAUCCAUCUGCGAGUGUCCACAUCAUACUGUAACCAGGGCAGAAGAUCUCAAGGCUGAGCUAUGCGCAAACUGUAUUCUGCUGUCUAUCUUGGUAAGUUGAUAUGAUCGAACAAGAGUUGAAGCACAACACACGGAAGGUGGAACACUAAACUAUUUUCGGAAUCUUCAAGGAUCGAGGAGAGCAUCCCUGUUUCCGAGAAACAUGUUGAAAAAGUUCGUAGGAAUGAAAGGAAAGGUUGUGAGAUGACUAACAAAAUAUACAGCAAGCAGUUGCUUCUGCUUACGGACUUUUGGCUGGGCGAACGUUGUGAUAGUGUUCAUUAGAGUUAGAUGAGGUCUCUCCAAUGAUCUAGCGUAUCACGUGUUCGAUUCUCAGGGUGUAGUGUUGUGUCUUCGGGGUAAAUCAGACAGAGUCCAUCAUGGUUGCUAUUUUAUCGCAGUAGAUCUUUCGCAACGGUUGCCGUCGUGCUUAAUCGUUUGGUAGUUUUAGCUGCCUGGCCGUCGUGCUUUAGGCUUCUCGCUGGGUAAAUAUAUGCUCUCAUCGCGAGAAACGUAGAUCCGAUAGUUGUAGACUUUUCGGCCGAAUGUACGGCCCUAUGCUCCCCCAGUAUGUAAAUUGUUUAAUUAUGAAACAGACAUGUAUAAGUGAUUAAAAGGGCGGCGGCAUGUAGUCCUAACUCAAAAAAAAAAACAAAAAAAAAUCUUUUUGCGAGCAC